AUGGCCGCCCAUCGAAUCAGAGCGACCAACAACAACAACAUUGCACUGCCACGCUGCAAGUCAGAGGGGACACUCAUUGAUCUCAGUGAUGGAGUGUCUGAAUCUAACUGCCUCACAGACAUCAAAGGUACGCUAAUGAGGUUGAUUGAAUAUUUGAGAUAUUCUGUCGUAGUAUUGAUAAUCUGAUAAAAGAUUGAUAUUUUUUGGUGUUCUGUUUUUUGCAGUGCCUUCUCCCAGUGCCUUAAGACUGGACGCCACUGCCUCCUUUGGCACUGCCAGGGAAGUCGUUGCCAUUAAGGAUUACUGUCCCUCCAGCUUUACCACCCUCAAGUUCUCCAAGGGAGAACAUCUCUUUGUGCUGGACACAUCGGGUGGAGAGUGGUGGUACGCCCACAACAACACUGAGAUGGGUUAUAUCCCUGCGGCAUACGUCCAGCCCAUCAACUACCGGGACUCCUCCUUCAGUGACAGCGGUAUGAUCGACAGCUUAGGAGACUGCUCUGUUGAGGAGGGAGCCAAGGAGCUGGACCUCCUUGGAGAUUGGACCGGUGUGAUUCUGAAACCCACUGCCCCCCAAAACGGCAACCCCUUUGCCCCCCAUCACCAGCCCCUUUGUCGUAGCGCCACCAACCCUUUCCUCAAUGGAGCCUUUCAGGGUUCGCUGGAUCAGAACAGUAAUGAGAACAGUAAGUCAGUGGAUCUUCUUCUUUUUGACACCCUAGCUCCCUCUGUCCCACCAAACUCCACCAGCAGCACUGUCAACAUCAAUGGCUUUGGCAGUGGCAUCUUUGAUCUGAACCCCAUCAGCCCCAGCCUGGGAGUGGGCCAGACCUUACGCAGGGACAACCCAUUCUUCAGGAGCAAGCGAUCCUACAGUCUCUCAGAACUUUCCAUCCUGCAGGCUCAGAAUGACGCCCCACAGGCAUCCUCAGGUUUCUUUGGAGGCCUGAAAGCCCCUGCGCCUGAGCAGUUCCAGAGCAGAGAGGAUUUCCGGGAAGCAUGGCUCAAUCACCGCAAGCAAGCCAGGUCCUGCCAUGACCUGGACUCCUUGGGCCAGAACCCAGGCUGGGGCCAAACGCAGCCGGUGGAGACCAACAUUGUCUGCCGUCUAGACAGUUCUGGAGGAGCCGUCCAGCUUCCAGACACCAGCAUCAGCAUUCACAUCCCUGAGGGCCACGUGGCCCCUGGAGACACCCAGCAGAUCUCCAUGAAGGCCCUGCUGGACCCACCUCUGGAGCUCAACAACGACCGCUGCACCACUGUGAGCCCAGUUGUGGAGAUCAAACUCAGCAACAUGGAGACCAAAACCACUGUCACCCUUGAGAUGAAAGUGUCAGUUGUGGUGAAGAAGGAGAGCAGACAGACGACAGAGGUCAUGUGUGUGAGGAGUGACUGCAAGGAGGGCCCCUACACACCAAUCCCACAGCCGUACAUGUAUGGGGACACCGUCCAGGUCUGUCUGGAUAACCUUGAGCCCUGCAUGUAUGUGUCUGUUGUGGCCAAGGCCCAGUUGGUUGCUCCAGACACCACAGUUUGGGAUAACGUGGUGAAGAAGGUCACCCUGGGCGUCUAUGGGCCCAAGCACAUUCACCCCUCCUUUAAGACUGUGGUGGCUAUCUUCGGCCAUGACUGUGCCCCAAAGACAUUACUGGUGAGUGAGGUGGGGAGGCAGGCCCACUCUGCCCCUCCAGUGGCCCUUCAGCUCUGGGGGAAGCACCAGUUUGUCCUGGCUAGACCACAGGAUCUACUGGUCGGGGUUUACUCCAAUAUGGCCAACUAUGAGGUCAAGGCCAGUGAGCAGGCCAGGGUGGUCAGGGGGUUCCAGGUCAAACUAGGAAAGGUUAGCCGGCUUGUCUAUGUGAUCUCCUCACGCACUGCUGACGAUAUCUCAGAUUUUACAUUGCGGGUCCAGGUCAAGGAUGACCAGGACUGUAUUCUCGCCCAGUUCUGCGUUCAAACACCAACACCUCCACCCAAGACUGGUCCACGGACGUCUGCGCAGAGGCGCUUCCUGAAGAAGAAGGAAGUAGGGAAAAUUGUCUUGUCCCCGCUGGCCAUCACUACCAAGUACCCUGUGUUCCAUGACCGACGAAUCCACAACCUGAAGUUUGGCAAGUUUGUCAAAACAGUAAUCCGGCAGACCAAGAACCAAUACUUACUGGAGUACAAAAAGGGGGAUUACGUUGCCCUUCUGAGCGAGGAGAAAAUCAAACUGAAGGGACAGUUGUGGACUAAGGAAUGGUACAUCGGUUACUAUCAUGGUAGGACGGGACUUGUCCAUGCAAAAAAUGUUCUGGUGGUGGGGAAAGUGAAGCCCAUUUACUUCAGCGGUGCUGAACUUACCACUACACUCUUACUGACGCAGAUACUAAAGCCCAGCAAGUUCCUGACGUACAUCUAUGCCUCUGUGAGGACUAUACUGAUGGAGAACGUAGGAAGCUGGAGGGCGUUUGCUGAUGCCUUGGGUUACGUCAACCUACCACUGACACAUUUCUGCCGUACAGAGCCGGACAGUGAGCCUGAGAGGGUGGCGUCUGUUCUGGAGAAGCUGAAGGAGGACUGCAACAAUGCAGAGGGCAAGGAGAGGAAGUCCUUCCAGAAGGAACUGAUGACUGUAAGUAAUGGCCACAGGCCGAAUUUGGAUCAUGGGUGGUUUUAUCCCCCCCGCCCCAAGUUUUCUGAGCAAAAAUAAUAAUAUACAGUUGAAGUCGGAAGUUUACAUGCACUUAGGUUGGAGUCGUUGAAACUAGUUUUUCAACCACUACACACAUUUCUUGUUAACAAACUAUAGUUUUGUCAAGUCGGUUAGGACAUCUACUUUGUGCAUGACACAAGUAAUUUUUCGAACAAUUGUUUACAGACAGAUUAUUUCACUUAUAAUUCACUGUAUCACAAUUCCAGUGGGUCAGAAGUUUAGAAAAAGCCACUGCUCUUUACUAAGAUUAAAUGUCAGGAAUUGUGAAAAACUGAGUUUAAAUGUAUUUGGCUAAGGUGUAUGUAAUCUUCCGACUUGGGUGAAUUUUGGCCCAUUCCUCCUGACAGAGCUGGUGUAACUGAGUCAGGUUUGUAGGCCUCCUUGCUCGCACACGCUUUUUUAGUUCUGCCCACACAUUUUCUAUAGGAUUGAGGUCAGGGCUUUGUGAUGGCCACUCCAAUACCUUGACUUUGUUGUCCUUAAGCCAUUUUUCCACAACUUUGGAAGUAUGCUUGGGGUCAUUGUCCAUUUGGAAGCCCCAUUUGCGAUCAAGCUUUAACUUCCUGACUGAUGUCUUGAGAUGUUGCUUCAAGAUAUCCACAUAGUUUUCCUUCCUCAUGAUGCCAUCUAUUUUGUGAAGUGCACCAGUCCCUCCUGCAGCAAAGCACGCCCACAGAAUGAUGCUGCCACCACCGUGCUUCACGGUUGGGAUGGUGUUCAUCGGCUUGCAAGCAUCCCCCUUUUUCCUCCAAAAAUAACGAUGGUCAUUAUGGCCAAACAAUUAUAUUUUGGUUUCAUCAGACCAGAGGACAUUUCUCCAAAAAGUACGAUCUUUGUCCCCAUGUGCAGUUGCAAACCAUAGUCUGACUUUUUUAUGGCGGUUUUGGAGCAGUGGCUUCUUCCUUGCUGAGCGGCCUUUCAGGUUAUGUCGAUAUAGGACUCGUUUUACUGUGGAUAUAGAUACUUUUGUACCUGUUUCCUCCAGCAUCUUCACAAGGUCCUUUGCUGUUGUUCUGGGAUUGAUUUGAUCUCUAGGAAGCAGAACGUGUCUCCUUUCUGAGCGGUAUGACGGCUGCAUGGUCCCAUGGUGUUUAUACUUGCGUACUAUUGUUUGUACAGAUGAACGUGGUACCUUCAGGCGUCAGGAAAUUGCUCCCAAGGAUGAACCAGACUUGUGGAGGUCUACAGUUCUUUUUCUGAGGUCUUGGCUGAUUUAUUUUGAUUUUCCCAUGAUGUCAAGCAAAGAGGCACUGAGUUUGCAGGUAGGCCUUGAAAUACAUCCACAGGUACACCUCCAAUUGACUGAAACUAUGUCAAUUAGCCUAUCAGAAGCUUCUAAAGCCAUGACAUCAUUUUCUGGAAUUUUCCAAGCUGUUUAAAGGCACAGUCAACUUAGUGUAUGUAAACUUCUGACCCACUGGAAUUGUGAUACAGUGAAUUAUAAGUGAAAUAAUAUGCCUGUAAACAAUUGUUGGAGAAAUUACUUGUGUCAUGCACAAAGUAGAUGUCCUAACUGACUUGCCAAAACUAUAGUUUGUUAACAAGUAAUUUGUGGAGUGGUUGAAAAAUGAGUUUGAAUGACUCCAACAUAAGUGUAUGUAAACUUCCAACUUCAACUGUAUACAGUACCAGUCAAAAGUUUGGACACACCUACUCAUUAUAGGGUUUUUCUUUAUUUUUACUAUUUUCUACAUUGUAGAAUAAUAGUGAAGACAUCAAAACGAUGAAAUAAUACAUAUGGAAUCAUGUAGUAACCAAAAACUGUUAAACAAAUCAAAAUAUAUUUUAUAUUUGAGAUUCAUCAAAUAGCCACCCUUUGCUUUGAUGACAGCUUUGCACACUCUUGGCAUUCUAUCAACUAGCUUCAUGAGGUAGGCAACUGGAAUGCAUUUCAAUUAACAGAUGUGCCUUCUUAAAAGUGCAUUUGUGGAAUUUAUUUCCUUCUUAAUGCGUUUGAGCAAAUCAGUUGUGUUGUGACAAGGUAGGGGGGGGGGGGUAUACAGAAGAUAGCCCUAUUUGGUAAAAGACCAAGAGGAUAAGUUCAUUAGAGUUACCAGCCUCAAUUGCAGCCCAAAUACAUGCUUCACAGAGUUCAAGUAACAAACACAUCUCAACAUCGACUGUUCAGAGGAGACUGUGUGAAUCAGGCCUUCAUGGUCGAAUUGCUGCAAAGAAACUAUUACUAAAGGACACCAAUUAGAAGAACAGACUUGCUUGGGCCAAGAAAUACGAGCAAUGGACAUUAGACCGGUGGAAAUGUGUCCUUUUUUCUGGAGUCCAAAUUGGAUAUUUUUGGUUCCAACUGCCGUGUUUUUGUGAGUGUGGGUGAACAGAUUAUCUCUGCAUGUGUAUUUCCCACCGUAAAGCAUGGAGGACGAGGUGUUAUGGUGUGGAGGUGCUUUGCUGGUGACACUGUCUGUGAUUUAUUUAGAAUUCAAGGCACAGUUAACCAGCAUGGCUACUACAGCAUUCUGCAGCGAUACGCCAUCCCAUCUGGUUUAGGCUUAGUGGGACUAUCAUUUGUUUUUCAACAGGACAAUGACCCAACACACCUCCAGGCUGUGUAAGGGCUAUUUUAGCAAGAAGGAGAGUGAUGGAGUGCUGCAUCAGAUGACCUGGCCUCCACAAUCCCCCGACCUCAACCCAGUUGAGAUGGUUUGGGAUGAGUCGGACUGCAGAGUGAAGGAAAAGCAGCCAACAUUUGCUCAGCAUAUGUGGGAACUCCUUCAAGACUGUUGGAAAAGCAUUCUAGGUGAAGCUGGUUGAGAGAAUGCCAAGAGUGUGCAAAGCUGUCAUCAAGGCAAAGCCGUGGCUAUUUGAAGAAUCUCAAAUAUAAAAUAUAUUUUGAUUUGUUUAACACUUUUUUGGUUACUACAUGAUUAAUAUGUGUUAUUUCAUAGUUUUGAUGUCUUCACUAUUAUUCUACAAUGUAGGAAAUAGUAAAAAUAAAGAAAAACCCUGGAAUGAGUAGGUGUGCCCAAACUUUUGACUGGUACUGUAUAUAUAUUUUUUAUUCGUUGUUGGACAUAAAAUACUUUCAAGACACCAGCAAAUCAGCUUCAAGUGAUUACAAUUUUGGAAAUCUGUUCCCAAGUAUUCCCACGCAUAAUAGAGAGACGUGAUCGUAUACAAAUGUAAGCAAAGUUGGAAAUUAUUAUGUUUUAGUCAAAUAUUAUAUAUGUUUGGGCUUCUUGUGGUCAAUUUGCAGUCUACAAAUUAUUUGUCAUUAUGUUCCGGCCCCCCGACCAUCCGCUCAAUAAAAAAUCUUCCCGCGGCUUAAUCUAGUUGAUGAACCCUGGCCAAGGGCCUUGAGGUCUUUUUUCUAUUUUGUCGCAGAUGAGUUAGCGUUUCCUUUCAGUUAUUCUUCAGUCUUAAAUAUCAUAUCGAAGUAAACUUGGAGUCACGCGAUGAUAUUGUGUGGUCCUCCCACUACGACUCAGGAAAGCAUGCAGUACAUUAGUCUACAGAUUAAAUAAAUUCUGAAGAACUUCACUGGGUGGUGAAUGUGCAUGGUGAUGAGGUUGAUGUGCCUUUCUAAUAAAUAUUGAGGGUCUUAUUCUGAUGACAUGAUGAUUGAGCUGGGCUGCCAUUUGACAUAAAAAGAAUCUUGCUCUUUUUGUCCAUAAUAAUCUCAUCAUGUAGGCCAGUGUUUCCCAACUCCAGCCCUCGAGUAACCCCAACAGCACACAUUUUUGUUGUAGCCCUCGACAAGCACACCUGAUUCAACUUGUCAACUAAUCAUCAAGCCCUCAAUGAGUUGAAUCAGGUGAGUUUGUCUGGGGCUACAACAAAAAUGUGUGCUGUUAUGGAUCCUGGAGGACUGGAGUUGGGAAACACUGAUGUAGACUAUACCCACACUGUAUCUGCAAGCUGUUGGCUAGAGUGCACAUGCCAAGACCAGAGUGGGCACAUUCGCUAUAUAACGCAUUUUGUUUUUGACAAAACCAUCAGUAGAGUUGAAAAUGCGGGAAUUUAACCGCAAAAGUUAUUUUAUGUGCACUUCGUCAUCACGCACAGCCUUUUAUCCGCAACAAGUCAAUUUGAUGGAAUCACUUUGCUGGUGGGAAAAUGUGCAUAUUGUUUUUAUGCAGAUUUUAUAAUAUUUGCAGGAAAAUCUGUCACCAAUUGGAUGGAAACCUAGGUUAUGUGUUUAUAACUUUUGUUUCUUCUGUUUGUUCUAGUUUGCAUGUUUGUGUCUUGUGUUUGGUCUUGUGUGUGCACUGUGCCUGCACCUGUCUCUGUCAUUGUGUGUCUAGCUUUGGUAUUUUUCAUGUCAGUCGUGGCUUUGGUUCCUUAUCUACUUACAGCUGAUUGAGGCUAUGGUCCAGUGGGCUAAUUCUGUUGAGAGUGCAGUCAAUAAGUGCUGCGUGGGCAUCAGGGUCUAA